AUGCUAUACGUAGAUUCUGUGACAAGGAUUUGGCAGAUCAGAUCUUUAUUUGGAGCGCGUUCGGCCUUCUAUUCGACCGAGCUAUCAGCGAAUGUCACCAAAGCGAAUAAGAAGGACGCUGCUGGCGAAUCGGCAUCUGUCGAACAAAACACGGUUGAAGAAGUAAAAAAAGAGUUGGACAAAGCGGUUAAAAAUCUCAACGGUUCCGUUGUCGAUGGUAACCAGAAGCUGACAAAUGCUGUUGCUGAUCUCUCUGAGACCGAAGCUCCAAAUUUUUCAAUUGAAGUUUCUCUUCAAAAAAGUCCUUCUAUUCAACUCAAUAGCUCUGCGAAUAGUACGCGAGUCUCCGAUGUUCAAAGCAAAGUUUUUGAAAUCCGAGUAAAUUGUGGUUGGCAGGCAAUGGAGAGUUUACGAUACACAUUGUUAGCACCUACUAAUUGUGCUUUCUUCACAUUAAUCUACAUGAAGUCCCUCCGCCUCGCAUGCACAGCAGUAGACUGCAACAAUCGGGGAACAUGCAUAGGCACCAAGCAAACGCAUAUCUGCGCUUGUCAGCUAGGAUUUUCAGGAAGCAGCUGUGAAGAAACGGUGUGCGAUUCGACUCGCGACUGCAAUGGACGAGGCAUUUGCUUUGGCACAACUUCCUCAUUCACUUGUAUUUGUAACCUCGGCUUCUCCGGAAAUCGUUGUGAGAGACCAGCACUAUUGUAG